ACUAUAUAGUAUAAUACACAAUUGAUGAAUGCCCACUGUACUUCGUGAGUGAACUAUACACAGUAGAGAGAGCGUCUCUGCUUAAAUCGAGAGAUCUCUCUCUCUCUCUCUCUCUCUCUCUCUCUCUCAGUCAGCUCACGGUUCCUCCUUCCUUUUUCAUCUGGAUUAUAAACCCAUCAAAUCAUAUCCACCAUUUCUAGAGAAAGAAAACGGAGACAACCACAAAGAAAAGAAGAACAGAGAAAAAACCGAUCUUUCUUUCUGGGUGGGUUUCUACCAUUUAUCUCACAGUUCUCUCAGUCCCAUCUCUGCUCAGUUGUUUUGGCUUUUGCUCUGUUUAGGUCGUGAGGAGGAGACAGUGGGUGCCAGCAGCAGCCUUGCAGCCCUGAAAAGCAAAAACACAAUGGCUGUCCUUUGAAUAUUUCAGAAUCUCCUCCUUUUUCACCUUUACUAUUUCAUAAUUUCAAAAAGAAGCAUAAAGCUCUCUCCUUUCUCAAACAAAAACAAAAUCAGAUAUCAAAGUCCUUAUCUUUCCCUCACUUUCGUCCUGCUCAUCAUCAUUUUCCUCAGAAACAAACACAACUUCACCCCAAAAUGCCAUCAUUUCCAACCUCCACCAUUUUCACCUUCUUCCUUCUCUUGUUAAUAUCCAGCUUUAACAUUACCCUCGCCGGUUUACUUGCUCAACCGAUAACCGGUCACCCCCAGCCACUCAAACCGGGUGAGUACUCCAGCCCCAACACUGUCCCGGCCCUCCCGUCCCAAACCCCAACCCAAACCUGCCACCUCGACCUCUCCGAUGAGCUCUUCGGCGGCGUCAGCCAAGCAUGCGGCCGAGACCUCGACCGCAGCCGAUGCUGCCCUGUCCUAGCCGCCUGGCUGUUCGCUGCCCAUGCCAGGUCAGCUCUCGAGCUCCCCUCAUCGGCUCCGGCUCCUUCCGCCGGCCUCGACCAGCCGAUGAUGCCGGACGACUCGCAGAAGUGCGUCAACUCCUUGCAGUCCUCGCUUGUGGGCCGAAACAUCCGGAUUCCUCAGCCGAACGCCAGCUGCGACGCCGUUUUGUGCUUCUGCGGCAUCCGGCUCCACCAGAUCGGCUCUCUCAGCUGCCCCGCCGCUUUUAACCUGUCGCUAGGGUUUCACAACGCCACGCCCACCGCCGCCGUCAAGAACUUGGAGAAGAACUGCCGCAACUCUUCGUAUUCUGGCUGCACCAAGUGCCUCGGCGCUCUCCAGAAGCUCAAGGGUGGGAGCAAGAACGGAACGGCGGGGGACAAGUCCACGAGCGACAGAGCGAGCAAGAUGUUCAACAGGGACUGCCAGCUCAUGGGGCUGACGUGGCUGCUGGCCCGGAACAAAACGGCGUACAUACCCACUGUUUCGGCGGUGCUGCGGGCCAUAAUGUACAGUGCGCACCCACCGCACGAGUCCACGUGUAGCCCGGACCAGGAGAACAUGCCGCUGGCCGUAGAUUCACUGCAGUUCGAUAAGGGGCAAGCGCCCGCAUCGUCACCGUCUAUUUUAUUGUUUCCGAUUCUGCCCCUGAUCAUUUUGGUGUCUCUGUUUGUUUAGGGUGAGAGAGAGGGGAUCAAGAUUCAAGUCUGGGUUUUUCCCAAUUUUUUUGGUAAUCCCUGUCGUGUCGGUUCACGUGAUGCAAGUAGACAAACGGGGCUGUUGGGUGUUUUUGUCAUUUUGCCCACUGUAAAUUUCAGCUCGUAGUAAGUACAGCAGGGAAGGUCUUACUUUUACUAAUUCAAAUUUCUUUACAUUUUCAUUUUUA